UCCGCGAAAGUUGUUUACAGGCUGCUGAGAGCGUAGAGUGUACAGCGUAGUUGUAUCUCGCUAUAAAAUCACUUUACAUAGAUAUGUAGGGUUUGUUUCAGGCUGCCACAUCCAUUGAAUCACAUUACGAUGCGUUUUAUAAUACCAAGACACGGUGGUAGGUCAGAAUACGCUUGUUUUAACCUCUAACAAACCAAAAGAGGACCUGUUAGCAUCUUUACAGUUAUGGCCAGUCAUGCGGUGCUGACAUCGGGGGCAAAACUCUGGAGAUCUCUGGCCUGCACAAAGUCAGAGCUGCGUCUGGAUCUCACUCUUGCCUGUGGACAGUCCUUCCGCUGGAGAGAAACCGCAGAGGGCCACUGGACCGGAGUGAUGGGGGGACGACUGUGGACUCUGACCCAGACAGAUGACACCUUGUGGUACCACGUUUAUAAACACCAAGACGGGCAGAAAUGGGGAAGUGACAGGAAGAGGAGAGCUGGUAUUUCUCUCCAGGGGGAAAAUCAGGGAAAGUCAGAAAAGAGAUUCAAAGGGGCUUUGAAGAAGGAAGAGGAAGAGUUAGUGGCUGUGAAUUCAGUGCAGGACACUGAGGAGGAAGAAGAGAUGCUGAGAGAUUACUUCCAGCUGCAUGUGAACCUGGACAAACUGUACAGAGAAUGGGGAGCAGCAGAUCCCCACUUCAAGCAAAUUUCAGACAUCUUCACAGGUGUGCGAAUGCUGCGACAGGAUCCUACUGAAUGCCUGUUUUCCUUCAUUUGCACCUCCAACAACCACAUCUCUCGUAUCCAGGGCAUGGUGGAGAGACUGUGUCAGGCUCUGGGCACCCCACUGUGCCAGCUGGAUCAAACCUCUUACUAUGACUUUCCGUCCCUGAAUGCGCUUGCAGACAGCAGCGUAGAGGCAUGUCUCAGGGAUCUCGGUUUUGGAUACAGGGCUCGGUUCCUACAGCAGAGUGCGAAGCAGAUUCUGGACACCCAUGGGCUCCAGUGGCUUGAAGGUCUACGCAGUGUCCCAUAUCUGCAGGCCCGUGAUGCACUGCGUACUCUCCCUGGUGUGGGCUCCAAGGUGGCAGACUGUGUGUGUCUGAUGUCUCUGGAUAAGGCAGAGGCCGUGCCCAUUGACACACAUGUGUGGCAGAUUGCUAAGCGUGACUACAAAUAUGCUGCUGGCAAUGGACAGAAGAGUAUCACAGAUAAACUUCACCGAGAUAUUGGUGAUUUUUUCAGAAAACUGUGGGGUCCUUAUGCUGGCUGGGCACAGUCGGUGUUGUUCUGUGCUGACCUCAGGAAGUUCCAAAAGCUAAAAGAAAUGCCACAUCUGAUGCAGCCGAAGAAAGAGGAAGAGGAUGAAGAAGAAAUGAGGGUAGUGUGCAAGAAAACAAAAAUUAAGAUGGAAGAAAAUGAAACUGUGACGCACACAAGAACCAAGUAAGCGUGUCGUAAGAAAGCAACGAUGUCUGUCAAGAAUGAGAGGGUCUUAUAAGGUAAACAAUACUUACAGCAGGAUUCACAUCAGAUUUUGACAACGCACAGUUAAUUCAGCUUCAUUUGAAAACUUACCAAAAUGAAAAAUAUGGGAGAUUCAUUUCUCAGGAACACAGUAUAAAAUAGAUUAUUUUAAAGCGAUUGUCAAGUGUUUUGUUUACAUGUGUUUUUAUAUGCUACCGUAACCUCUCCUAUGUCUGCUUCCCCAUGAGUUUACUAUUACAAAUGCAGCACGCUGCUGUUUUUGUACAAUAAAAGCAAAAUACGUUAAGCACUGUUUUUUUUCCAGAAAAAAUGUCGAUAUUCGCACAGUAAAGCCAUCAGUCAUAUUUGUAUGACUUUUAUGAUAUAUUUGUAUGAUUAGUCAAAUUUAUAUUUGACUAAAUGUUGCCAGAAGUUGCCUCUAGGUGGCAGCAUGUAUUGGAAGAUAUUGCUCUGCAAUAUAAUAUCACACAGUAGGCCAUUUGCUUAGUUAUUUUUUUCAGUUUUGAGAACAAAUUGCACUGCUUCCCUGGGUGCCUGUUUUUUGUCAAGCCCCCAAGUUCCUGUUACACUAUGUACCCACUACCCACACACCAUGGCAUUUCUAUGCAUGUCUCAAAAGGUCAUGCAACACCAAAACGGUGUUUCUUCUGUGAAUUCCUUGUAUUAAAAUAGUGCAUCUGCCUGCUGGAUCAUAAAAAGCUGUUUGGCGUGGUGCCUGUUAAGUGCUGUGGUGUGUGUAUGUUUAUCUAUAGGCAUUAGUUGACUGUGUCAGCUGGUCUUUUCAUAGCAGGGAUUGUGACUAUCUGCUGUCACUGCUAGGGGCUAGUGUGACUGUCUCUGGUGACAACAUGGGCAUGUCUCUUGGGCUAUUUGACCUAUUAAUGUCUGUUCACGGCAAUGACCGAGCAAUAUUUUAGUUUGUUUAAAAUAUAUGGACAGAAAUUCUUUUCACAUGUGGCAACAGCGUACAUGACUAUCAAGUUGCCCUAAUUUGAGAGGUAUUUUCUGACAUGUAGGAUUGAGUGAGCAGGUGCAUCGUGCAUGUUGCAUCUGUGUGUCUGUAUGUGCAUGUCUUAUACCCAUACAAGUGCUUGUUUUAUUUGUGGAGUGUGCAGCCAUGUGAGUUAAUGAAUAUGUGAGUCAGCUUUCAUCCCCACUCCAGUUGAGCUGGACAAAAGCUGGGGCCCAGCCUUAAGGCAGAGUCUUGCUGAAGAGGAAAAAACAGAUAAUAAUAGUUUUUAAAAAAGGGUUGAGAGAACAGGAAAAUGCUUAAACAAAAAAAGGAGAGCAGGAAAGGUGAAAGCGUGCUUGAGGUGGGGACAUGAAUUUUGAAGAAAAAGCCAUGUGUGCACGCAAGUUGACACACAAAGACUCAAACAACACAACAGUGGCGUGUGCAUUAUGUAAGAGGUGGGUCACAGCUUGUGUUAUGCCCUCAGGAAUUGUUCAGUUGAGAGGACAUCUCACAGACACCAUCUAUACUUCGUUAUUAAACCUCAUGUACAUAUAUAAAUAUGAACAUAUGUUUUAUUUUUUCUGAUAUUGGGGUAUAUGUAUACUAUAAGGGGUGGGUAUUGUAGUAU